AUGGAACUUUCUUCUACACCGAAGAUAGAGGAGUAUAUUGAGCCGCGUCCACUUCGAAUUGAGAUGCCGCAGAUUAUUAACGGAAAGAGGGGAAAUGGCCAGACUUGGAGCGAAUACGAGCACAGUUCUUUCGACGGACACUCGGACGGCGUUGCCGCUUCGGAGCUAACGCCGGAGGGGCGACGAUAUCGGUGCUCGGCUGCGAUGCAGUUGCUGCAGCCGGCGGAGCCGUUUCCUCCGCGGCGUCCGGUGCGGAGGGGAUUGGAGGGUCCGGCGGUGGGGGAUUGGUUUCGGGCACUUCCGCCAUUGUGGUCACAGUGGCAGUGGCGGAGUGCGCAGGAUAAGGGAGACGGGGAGUUUUCUGGUGCGGUAGGGUGCAAGGGUACAAUUACCUCUAAGAUUGUGCGCCGUUGGAUAGUUAUUAUGCGGUUUUUGAGUGUUCGGAGCUGUAGUCAGGACUUAGCUCUGGGAUUUGAGUCUUGGAGUGAAGUUCUGAAGGAUGGCAUGACCAGAGGCUCUGGCGUUCGUUGCAUACUUUUUGUUUGGAGUGAAGUAUACAAAGGUCUUGUCCAG